AUGCCGCCGAAGUUGGACCCGAGCCAGAUCGUCGAUGUGUACGUCCGUGUCACCGGAGGAGAAGUCGGAGCCGCCAGUUCCCUGGCUCCGAAGAUCGGUCCUCUCGGUCUCGCCCCUAAGAAGAUCGGAGAAGACAUCGCGAAAGAGACAGCCAAGGAGUGGAAAGGUCUCCGCGUUACCGUGAAGCUGACGGUUCAGAACCGUCAGGCUAAGGUGACGGUGGUUCCAUCUGCCGCAGCUCUGGUCAUCAAGGCGUUGAAGGAGCCGGAGAGAGACCGGAAGAAGGUGAAGAACAUCAAGCACAAUGGAAACAUUUCAUUUGAUGAUGUGACUGAGAUUGCAAGGAUAAUGAGGCCUAGAUCCAUCGCCAAAGAGCUGAGCGGGACCGUGAGGGAGAUUCUAGGGACGUGCGUCUCCGUUGGAUGCACCGUUGAUGGAAAGGACCCCAAGGAUCUUCAGCAGGAGAUUCAAGAGGGUGAGAUCGUUAUUCCUGAGAACUAA